AUGCCAGCAUUGUGGAAUAUUGAAGAAUGGGGGGAGAGGGAGGAUGAAGAGGAAAUCAUGGCGAUAAUUGAGAGGGAAGAAAGAGAGAAGCAAAAAGAGAUGGACAUGCAGGAAAGAGAAGAUCGCAUUCUCCAAGAGCGCAGAGAAGAAGAGGAAUCGUCGGAGGAUGAAGUGGAGCCGGACAUCAGAAGGCAAAUAACAGAUGAAAGGAAACCAAUCACUAUGGAAGGGAACCGAGGGAUGCUACUGGGGGAGCCCAUUGUGUCACCCAAUGAAAAGCAGCCUGCAAAGAAAAUCGGUCAUGUACCGUGGACUGCAUGCGCUCCAUACACAGAUUCUAAAACACCAGAAUGGACAUAUUUCAAGAAUUGGUCAUGUACUGUGGACUGGAUACGAGCCCUACGCAGUUUCAUAUGGGUAUAUGCACCUCCUUAUCCAGCUUCUUCUUUUUCAGGAACCCGAUGA